ACAAGUCAAGAGCUUUUGGACCAUUUUCCUGCAAAAUCUUCUGAACAGCAGCAACAUCAUCAAUGAGMAUGGCGGAAGAAUCAGGAACAUUUCAAGUACUCCACAGCGGUACCACCAGCUACAAAAUACUGGGCCUAAGUGGAGAAGGAGGUUUUGGCCGAGUCGCCAGAUGUGUCAACCUGCGGACCCAAGAGCUGUUGGCUAUAAAAAUGCACAAACUGGAUGACGACCAGUUCAAUCAAAGAGAAUUUGCGAUGUUGGAAAAGCUCAGCGCUCUCAACCCUGACCAGCACAACAUUGUGAAAUUCAUUGAGAAGUUCCAUUUCCAUGGAAUGUCUUGUCUUGUUUUYGAAAUGCUGGACAGGAGCCUYUUUGACCUGAUGWCAGAGAAUGAUAUGAUGCCACGGAGUCUCUGUGAAAUCCGCCUUGUGACCCAGCAGUUAUUGAUUGCGUUGAAAGCGCUGAAGAACACUGGCAUGAUUCACACGGACUUGAAACCGGACAACAUAAUGCUGGUCAACCAAAAGAGUCAGCCGUUCAGGAUCAAGCUCAUUGAUUUUGGACUGGCUCGUCUAUUGAGCCAUUUGAGGACUGGAAUGACCGUACAGACCCUUUCAUACAGGGCUCCAGAAGUGGUCUUGGGCCUCCCCUUGUCAGAGUCGGUGGACAUGUGGGGAUUAGGCUGUAUCGUGGCAUAUUUGUACUUUGGCAUUGACUUCUUCCCUGACACCUCUGAAUACGACUGGGUGAAAGCUCUUCUGCACUGGCUGGGCCAGCCAAAUGAUGAGCUGAUAAGUGCAGGAAAACACAGCUGGAGGUAUUUCACCUCAGAUCAGGACGCAGGCUGGAGACUAAGGACGCCAGAAGAGUAUGAGGAUGUGACUGGUGACCGGCCACUUGAUAUCCAACUACCUUCUGACUUGUUGAGUUUGGAGGAUGCAGUGAUGCGAUGGCGAGAAAAUCCAGAUGAUCAUGAGUACAAAGAAAGGAUGGCAUUUUUGGACUUCAUCAAGUGUUGUCUGAAUGUGAACGCUGGGCAGAGAAUGACUCCCAGCGAAGCCCUCAACCAUCGUUUCAUAACAAUGGCCUACCUGGAGGAAGAAAAAGAAACCAACUCCAACUCCAACACAGRCACAGCCUUUCCUGUCAUGAAUGUGCCAUCUCCGUGUUGUGGAGAUGAACCAAUCAAUCUUUCAGAUGGAGAAGACCGCCCAGAUGAAGAUUCCAACACUGAAAAUGUAGUGUCCGUCUCUUCAGACACAAACAUCAGCAGAGAACAUGAACUCAGGGAAAGUUACGAAGAAGAACAAGAUGGUGAAGAGGCAGCAACCUCUGACGGUUACUACGAUACAGAUGUGGAGGUCUCCAGAGAUGAAGUUGACGACAUUGAAGCUGAGAAUUCAAAGCCAAGUGUUUACAUGUGUGUACAUGUUGAUGAUGAUUUCUCUGUUUCUYCAAACAAUGAUGCUACAGCCGCCAUCAGACCUGUUGAUGCAUCACCCUCAGGGUAA